AUGCCUGCCAAGGACCACCCAAACAUUGUCAAGUUUCACGGCGUCUACUACGAGAGGUGCUUCGUCUGUAUUGUCAUGGACAAGCUUGAUGGCGGUGACCUCGUAGAGGGCCUGCAGCGCCACCUCAAGGAGCGUGGUCAAAUUAAUUGCCUCGACGUAGUGCACGUCGCGUACCAGAUGGCGGCCUCCAUUCACUACCUCCAUCAGAGGAACGUGGCGCACCGGGACGUGAAAGGUGACAACUACCUCAUGGACCGGAAGAACAUGACGGACAAGCAGUGCAAGAUUGUUUUAACAGACUUCGGCACGGCCUGUACCGCCAGCCCCACGGAUCGGCUAUCCUCGGGGGUGGGCACGAAGAUCUUCUGGCCUCCGGAGUUCUUCGACCGGGACUACUCGCAGAAGGCGGGCCCUGAUCCGUGA